GGCGAAGCGCGGCUGGCUGCGGAGGGAGCGCCAUAAGAUGGCGGCGGCGGGAGCUGAGGCGGCUGCGGUGGCGGCAGAGGAGGAGAAACGGCUGCCGGAGGGCGACCCCGAGUCGGGAGGAGACUCGGAAGACGAGGGCGAUUCAGACUCGUCUGGUGAUGGCGAAGAUGAGGAGAAAGAAAAUGAGGCUGAGAUCCAGCGGCUGGAGGAGCAGCUUUCCAUCAAUGCUUUUGACUAUAACUGCCACCUGGAUCUGAUCAAGCUGCUGCGCCAGGAGGGAGAGCUGAUCAAGCUCAGGAGAGCUCGGCAGAAGAUGAGCGAGCUCUUCCCCCUUACUGAAGAAAUUUGGCUGGACUGGCUGAAGGAUGAGAUAAAAAUGGCCUCUGAAAGCGCUGAGCGAGAGAAAGUGUACGAGCUCUUUGAGAGAGCUGUGAAGGACUACAUCUGUCCUGAGAUUUGGCUGGAAUAUGCCCAGUAUUCCAUCGGUGGCAUUGGGCAGGAAGGAGGGAUCGAGAAGGUGCGCUCCGUGUUCGAGAGAGCCCUCACGGCGGUGGGGCUGCACGUCACCAAGGGCACAGCUCUCUGGGAGGCUUACAGGGAGUUUGAGAAUGCCAUACUGGAGACAGCACAGCCAGCCCCUGGCAGCAUUCCAUCUCCUGAGCAGCAGCAGAUGCUCUGCAGCCAGCUUGAGAAGAUCCACACGUUGUUCAGGCGCCAGCUGGGGAUCCCACUGCUAGAUAUGGAGGCUUCCUAUGCUGAGUAUGAGGAGUGGUCAGAAGAACCAAUACCAGAAGCAACAGUGAAGAACUACAAGAAAGCUUUGCAGCAACUGGAGAAGUACAAACCAUAUGAAGAGGCACUGCUGGGUGCUGAAACACCAAAGCUAGCAGAAUAUCAAGCUUACAUUGAUUUUGAAAUGAAAGCAGGUGAUCCAGCUCGAAUUCAGCUGAUCUACGAGAGGGCUCUGGCUGAGAACUGCCUUGUGCCAGAUCUUUGGGCACGCUACAAUCAGUAUUUGGACCGGCAGCUGAAGGUGAAAGAGUUGGUCCUGUCCGCUCACGACCGUGCUGUUAGGAACUGCCCCUGGACUGUUGGCCUGUGGAUUAGAUACCUCCUGGCAAUGGAGAGGCAUAGAGUUGAUCACAGCAUUAUUUCUGAAAUGUUUGAAAAGGCUCUGAAUGCAGGUUUUAUUCAGGCAACAGACUAUGUGGAAAUCUGGCAGGCUUAUCUUGACUACCUGAGAAGAAGGGUGGACUUUACACAAGACUCAAGUAAAGAACUGGAAGAGCUGCGCUCUGCGUUCGCACGUGCCGUGGAGUACUUGAAACAAGAAGUCGAAGAGAGGUUCAGUGAGAGUGGAGAUCCAUCCUGCACCAUCAUGCAGAACUGGGCAAGAGUUGAGGCCCGCUUGUGUAACAACAUGCAGAAGGCCAGAGAGCUCUGGGACAACAUCAUGACUAAAGGGAAUGCCAAGUAUGCAAACAUGUGGCUGGAGUAUUACAACCUGGAAAGAGCUCAUGGGGACACUCAGCACUGCAGGAAGGCCUUGCACCGGGCGGUGCAGUGCACCAGUGACUACCCAGAGCACGUCUGCGAGGUGCUGCUGACACUGGAGAGGAUAGAAGGAACAUUGGAAGACUGGGAUGCAGCAGUUCAAAAAACAGAAACCAGAUUGGCUCGAGUGAAUGAACAGAGAGCAAAGGCUGCUGAGAAAGAAGCUGCCCUGGCAAAGCAGGAGGAGGAGAAGGCUGAGCAGCGCAAGCAGGCUCGGGCAGAAAAAAAGGCUUCCAAAAAGGCUAAGAAACCCAAGGCCGGCGACAAGCGCAAAGCAGACGAGGAUGAGGAGGGGGAAUGGGGGCAAGAAGAAGCAGAGCAGCCCAGCAAGAAACACAAAGGGGAUGGUGAUGGUCUGCCUCUGGAGGAAGACAUGGAGGUGGAAACUGGGCUGUUUGGAAGAAGUGGAGCUGCCAAGCCAGAGCACUCAGCAAACCAAAAGGAGAAGGCAUCUACCAGCCGGAAAGACCUCCCCAAAGUUCUGCAUGACAGCAGUAAAGAUAAUGUCACUGUCUUUGUCAGCAACCUUUCCUACACCAUGGCAAACCCUGAGGUGAAGCUGAAAGAGCUCUUUGAGAGCUGUGGGGAGGUGACAGAGGUCCGUCCAGUGUUCAGCAACAAGGGCACGUUCCGAGGCUACUGCUACGUCCAGUUCAAGGAGGAGAAGUCUGCUCUCCAGGCUCUUGGCUUGGAUCGUCAGGUGGUGGAGGGAAGGCCAAUGUUUGUUUCUCCAUGUGUUGACAAGAACAAGAAUCCAGACUUCAAGGUCUUCAGGUACAGCACCACCCUGGAGAAACACAAGCUCUUUAUCUCGGGUUUGCCCUUUUCCUGCACUAAGGAGGAGCUGGAGGAGCUGUGCAGGGCUCAUGGGAACGUCAAAGACAUUCGGCUGGUCACCAACAGAGCUGGAAAACCCAAGGGCCUGGCCUAUGUAGAGUAUGAAAAUGAAGCUCAGGCCUCCCAGGCUGUGCUGAAGAUGGAUGGAGUGACAGUGAAGGAACACGUCAUCAAGGUGGCCAUCAGCAACCCCCCGCUCCGCAGGCUGCCCGAGAAGGCCGAGGCCGGCAGAGCUCCCCAGUUCGCGGUACCCCGACCCGUGUACGGAGCGAGAGGGAAGGGAAGGACACAGCUUUCCAUGAUGCCCCGCGCCCUACAGCGCCAGAGUCAUCCCGUGGCUAAAGCGGAGAACGGGAUGGUCCAGAACUCACCAGCAACUUCAUCCAGCCCCCCUGAGGAGCCUAAAAAGAUGUCCAAUGCUGAUUUUGCCAAGAUGCUACUGAAGAAAUGAGGAAAAAAAAAA